AACACUUAUAAAACCUCAACACUCCCACUUCCCAUUAUAAUCAAACAACCCCUCUCUAUCUCACCAACACACUCACACACUUAACACAUACAUAAUGGGAAUUCGUAGAACGGAUGUUGUUAUGUUGACACUAUUUUUGAGUUGUGUUAUGCCAUGUUUAGCCAAAGUUUAUACUGUUGGAGACUCUGCUGGUUGGUCACUCAGUGUCGAUUAUACCACUUGGACCACCGGCAAAACAUUCAAACCUGGAGAUAGUCUUGUGUUUAAUUAUGGAAGUAGUCACUCCGUUGAUGAAGUGAGCUCCGACGACUAUGGCACAUGCACGGUUGGAAACUCAAUUGCAUCCUACACUUCCAGCCCCGCCACCAUCAUCCUAAACACCACCGGUACGCAUUACUUCAUUUGCGGUGUUCCUGGUCACUGCAGUGGUGGCAUGAAGGUCUCGGUGCCAGUCACCGGUGGUGGUGCCUCCCCAACACCAUCGACAGGUGCUUCUCCCACCACCAAACCUACUCCUACCCCACCAACAGCAACCAGCACCGGCAGUGCUGUCCCGGCGUCAUCGUCAGCCAUUUCUCCGGUUGUUGCAGUUGUUUUCAGUUUGGUUUCGAUGGUGUUCAACUUCGUUCUCUCUUAAGUUCUCUAGUCAGGACAGAGGCAGUGCAAUCUCUCUCUCUCUCUCUCUCUCUCUCUCUCUCUCUCUCUCUCUCUCUCUCUCUCUCUCUCUCUCUCUCUCUCUCUCUCUCUCUCUCUCUCUCUGUGUGAUGAGUAAAUAAUUUUUAUCAGUUUGAUGUGUUUUUGUCGUAUUUUAAUGAUAAUCUUGUUCUUUGUUUGCUUCAA